AAAAGUUUUGAUAACUUAUACUGUACUCAAUCAGAAGAAAAUUAAGAAUACCUAAAGCGUGACGCUGAUGGGUCUAGUGACAUUUAUGUAGAUAAACAGACAACUUUUUGUCCCUACACUUCCGACGUUAGCAGGAACAGGAAGACAGUUAACAGGAACUGUCCAAUUUUUUGCAGUUUUAUUUUAUAAAACUAUAAAAAUUAAGAUCAGAAAGUGAGAUUAAAUUAAUAAUUCCAUUACAUUAGUUUUUAUUAAUUUGUAUUAUUUAUAAUUUGAAAGUGUUUAUGUGUUGUAAGUUUAUAUAAAAUAUGUUUGAAAGUGAAGAUUGGAAUUUUGAUGAGGAAUUUUUGCAAGAUGUAGAUGAUAAAGCAUCAAAGUUCUUUUCACAAUUGGAAAAUGAGGAAAUAGAAUUACCUGUAAAAAAACGUAAAUUGAAUAUAUAUAAUAGUACUAUUAUUUCACCCAAUAAGAUCAUCAAUAAGCAACAAAGUACAACAAACAAUAACAAUGAAGACUCCAAUGAAGUUGACAUAGGUUAUACAUCAAGACAAAAUUUUGUCUUAGGCUUAUUUCAACAAACUUUAAAAACAAAUGAUGAUUCUAAAAGUAAAUGUAAGAAUCAAGAAUUAUAUAGUAAAGUAAAAUCAUGCAUCGAAAAUACUUCACAAGAAAAUAUCAUUUCCCAAGGACUAAAUGGAUCUAAAUUAGAAAAUGAUUUAAAUAUACAAAAAUUGAGAAAGAAUAUAGUACUUGAUAUUCUUAAAAAAAAGAAUGUCAAAAAUUUAACAGAUAAUAAUAAUACAAUUUCUUCUAAUGAAGUUACACCUAUUCAUUCUCAAAGUCAAAAGAUUAUAGAUAGUGAGAAAAGUGAAGUCGGAUUUAACAAUUUAUUACGGAAAUCAAAUUCUUGUCCGCUAAAAUCACAUAAAUCACCUUUUUUCCAUAAGAAUGAAACACUUACUAAUACUACAAUUUCUAACAUAAGAAAUUGUAAUCAAAAAUCAAUUAUAAAUGAAGAUCAUGAUAAAAGACAAAACAAAUUGAUACAAGAAGUAUCUAAAAAUAUGCAACAACCAAUAAACAAGAAUAUUAAUGAUAAUAUGCCAGAUAUAUCUACAGAUUCAAGAAAAUAUUUAUUAAUGCAACAUUUAAAACAUUCUACUUCAUUUAAUGAAGGAUUUGAUAAUAUAAAGCAUCCAUCUUCUAUAUUUAAAACAGAAAAGCAAUCAAACAAGAAAACAACUCUUGUAAGAAAAUUUCCAGGACCAGCUGGAUUAUUACCAGAUAUCAUUGACACUUCAAUAAUUUCAACAUAUUUAAAAAAUUUAGAAGACAGCAAAAUUGAAGGCAUACAAGAUCAGAAGGAUACUAAUUUAACAGAGUAUUGUUCUCAGAAUACUAAAACUUUGUUUUCAGAAGGUGCUUGGCAAAUAAUGUUAGAUGAUUUACCUACAGAAUUCUUAAAAAAUUACGAAAUUGCACAAAUUAAGCAAAUAGCUAGCGCAAAUCAACAUCAGUGCAUUAAAAUACCAUUUCUUGCAGGCAUAAUAGAAAAUAUAGAUUACAGCCAUGAAAAUCCUUCUAUUGUAUUAAAAGACUUUACAGAUAAAAUUGAAGGAACGAUACAUGCAGAUAUUCCUGCAAAAUAUCCUGGAACUUUAGAGAAAAAUGUUGUAAUUUUAUUACAAAAUGUAGGAUUAUUAUGUAUUUCAGGGACGUUUAUUAUUCAUAAAUAUCAUAUUCUAAUUUCGCCUUCAAAUUUAUUAGCAAUUUAUUCUCAUACAGGAGAUAUUAUACAUACACUACAUAUGGAACUUUUAAAGAAAGAAUUUUGCAUGAUCGAAUCUAAUUCAUCAAAUUUAAAUAAACUUCAAGAUGAUAAUAUAAUAGAAGGAAAUUUAGAUAGUUCAUAUAUUUAUCAAGAAGAUAGUUCAUCCUCUAAGAAAAAUUGUAACAAAACAUAUGGAAAUCUCAAUCAAUCGAAUAAUUCUGAUAUUGAUUCAGGCCUAUGUUCAUUUUCUGUGGAUUUAAAUGGAGUUAGCAAUUCUCAGAAUCAGAAAAAUUUUAACAAAUCAAAAUUAUCAACGAAUUUAUUUGAAAAAGAGAAGAAUACAAGUUUAAAAAAUGAUAUUAUAGUGAAAGAAAACAAAGAAAAUAUACAUGAUAAUAAAACUACAUCUUUACAAAUCUCAACAGACGCUUCAUUAAAAUGUCUUCAAGAUCGAGAUAUAAAUAGCAGUGAUAAAAGAGAAAAUAAUGAUCAAAAUCAGAAUGUAUCAAUAAAAUCAAGACUUUCUAUUUUUAAAUGCAGAGAUGUUGUAACACCAGUAGAAUCCAUUUCUGGACAUGAAAAUUUGCAUACUGAAGCAAUAUUACAAAAUAAUAAAAAACCUGAUAAUAAAAAAACACUAUCAGUGGACAGAAACUGGACUGAAAAUAUAUUACACAAUAAUGAUAAUGAUUCUGAUGAUGAAAUGUUAUCACAAUUAGAUGUGGACAGUAUAUCAUCUAGUUAUUAUGAUCAAAAAAGUUAAAUGUUUUUUCUUUAAAUUACUUCUUUCUCUGAAACUACACUCAUUUCAAAAGGAUGAGUCAGUGGUCAGCACCAACAUUUAAGAAAUAUAAAUCAGUAUUUAUAUUUUAUAAAUCUGUAUAAAUUUAUAAAUAUGUUCAUAUUUUUUAUAUUUUUUAUGUAUAUAUUUAGAGUAGUUCAUAAUACUAUUUAAAUAUCUUUAGUUUUCAUAUGUAUUACAUUUUUUCUAUUGAUUAGUAUUGUGAUUAUACAAAUAUUUUCAUAAACUACCAGUUAAGAAAUGAUCGAAAUUAUGUUAUUAUAUUACAUAUUUAUUACGUUGCUUUUACCAAUAAUGUAUUUAAAAUGAAAUUAAGGAAAGAAUGAUAUUAAGUUAUCAGCAAUAUCAUUCUAUAAUUCCUCGUUGUUACAAUUAUAUAUAUAAAUUAUUAAUUUUAUACUUGUACAAAAAAAGAGAUAAUUGAAAAUAAUUAAACAUUUUUAUUUUCCUAUAACGUAAUAUCAAUGUUGAUAAUUGAUAUUAAUAAUAGCGUUUUCACACACAACUCAGCAAUCAAACUCACUGUUACAAUUAUGUAACAAAACUACAGUAGCCAAUGCUAUAAUCUAUUAUUCGUCACAAUCAUUUAUCCGGUCGAAUUUGAUUCGCACCUUGAGCAAUAAUAAUUAUUGAAUUCGUUUAAUUCAAGUCACAUCUUAAAUACAUUUAAGAACAAUUAGAUUAGACAAUGCGACGCUAAGAUAAACAUUCUUAUGUUAAUUUUAUUGAUAUCAGAAUUGUACGGAAAAUUAAUCGUAUCCACAUUACUGUUAUUAUAAAAUUAAAUUUUUGAAAAACAAAUAACAUACUUAAGUAAUGUUAACAAUCUGAAAAUUGAUAAAAAAUAAACCUGCAUACUUGAAAUUACAAUGAGUGUAUUUGUUGUUCAUCGGGUUAAUAAAAAUAAAAUUAUUUGACAACUAUAUAAAACUAUCUUUAAGUUAAAUCUCGUUUUUAGCAAACUAUUCAAAAUAAGGUCAAAAAUGAAUCACAGAUAAGAGAAGUAAUCAACUUAUAUCUAAAUUUUUA